UAAACAGUCGCAGAUGAUAUAAGGCACUGAUUAGUGUUAAACUUUCAUUUCAAGACAACAACACUAGUAAACAACAAUAAUUAUAAUAAAUACUAAUAAGCAAUUGCAAGACUAUGGCGUUUAUAAAAGUAGGAGUUUUAGCUUUAGUAUUGCUAUUUUCAACAGUGUCGAGUGCAUCACCAAGGUCUAAGAGAAGUUUUAUGGACCAUGGCAAAUGGUGUGGAACCUUGAACACUAAAUUAGGAUCCCCAGGGUGUAACUGUGAGGCAGGCAUAGAGAAAUGCAGAGAGUUGUACCCUCCCAUAGAUGAACUGGAUGAGGUAUGUCUCUCUCAUGACUGGUGUAGCCGAUGCCCAAGCAACCCUGCAGUGGAGAGCUACCGCCCGCUUCACUGGUGCCAAUGUGAGCAAGACAUAUACACUAAUGCCAAUAGCGCCACCUGUUAUACAUCUCACUGUGAUGGAUACAAAGCCGCAAUGAGGCUUUUCUUCAAGUAUGUGCCAUGUGUAUGUGAGCAGGAGGGGAAGUGCGGCUUGGAAUGGUGCACCAAGACAAUAUUCGGAACAGAGAUAAGCUAUCCAUGUGGACAUGUUUCUUGUGAAACUAUAUCAGUAGUAAGCAGAUUCUCAAAAUGCCAAAACAUAAAUUAAAUACUGCUGGGCUAACUAGACUUUGGCUGCUAUAAAUAAUUGCACAUACAGCAAAACCUGUGUAAGUGGAACACAUCUGGUAUAUCUGUGGUUCCACAGGCCCGUAGCCAGGGGGGCUCGCAAUCCCUCCCCCCCGGCCAAAAAUUCUUUCA